AUGGAAGAAAUCAGAAAUGCACCAUAUUUGAAUGAGGAAGACAGAAUUAGUAGGUUGCCAGAUGCAUUAAUUCACCAUAUCAUGUCUUUUAAUGAUGCCAAGUACGCAGUUCAAGCUAGUGUUUUGUCUAAAAGGUGGGUUGAUGUUUGGAAAUCUUUCCCUUUUCUAAAGUUCGAUAGAAGUUCGUUUUCAGAAGAUAAAAAACAUAGUUUCAUAAUGUUUGUAGACAUGGUAUUCCUUUUUCGCGAAGACUUUGAUAUUAAGAGGUUUAGUGUGCACUGGGAGAAGUCUGCGAAUGAUAAUAGGGUGUCAAUGGAUGUUAAUAGAUGGAGCCUUGCUUCCGUUAAGUAUAAUGUUCAAGAAAUCACUAUAGCAGUCGGUCAAUGUCAUAAUUCUGCAUAUGAAAUUCCUCAUCGCCUUCUUAAUUGUAAAUCUCUGUGA